UCUUCUCAAAGCGGCAUGUUUUCGGGCACCCUACUGCGCUUGUCUCUGAGCACGUUCCGGAUGCGAUCCACUGCGCGUGCCUUGGACCGCGUUUCAGACGCAGCCCGGCCCGAUCGCGCUCUGAGCGCAUCCGUCCCUGGGGAGAGAGUGGGGCAUCCCAGCGACCGACGUAUAAAAGCGAGUACCGCUCCCGCGCUUGCCAUUAGCCGUGUCACUUUCCCAAACUGUGGGCCCCGCUUCGCUUGUACUCGGCUAGCUGAAAACGAGACGCGCUGCUCCUUGGUUUUCGUCUUCGAGCGAAAUGACGUAUUGCAACAUCCCGCCUCGCGUCCGGAAACAGGUGCCGCCACGCCCCUCGUGGUGAUUGACUGUCUGCGACUGUACUGCCGGCUCCCCCCUCCUCCGUCCUCCGUCCGCGCUGCCCGCGGGCGCCGGCACCACCAGACGCGUUCCAGCGAGUGUAGGCGACGCAGGACCGGCGUUCGGCUCUUCCUGACUCACUGCGGCGGCGUCCAACGCGAAGCGGCGAAGCGACAUGGCCCCGCGAGCGCACCCCGACGGGGAGCACGUGCCCCACGAGCCUGUCCACCAUGUGCCACUCGGUUCUAUCCGGAGGGAACACCCACACAUCGGAUCAGACGCCACGAAAAAGCGAACGUGAAGAGUGACGCAGCGGCAGACUUCGAAACAGCCAUCGACGCCACCGGCUGCGGCCUGUUCAGCUACGGCAUCCUCGUGACGGCCGGCCUCAUCUUCCUGACCAGCGGCCUCCAGAACGGCAUCAACGCCUACAUCCUGCCCGCCGCCAAGUGCGACUUCGACCUGUCGUCCGCGCAGAUGGGCGCGCUCAACGCUUUCUUCCUGGCUGGUGGCAUGGUGAGCUCGUACGUCUGGGGCAUCCUGGGCGACGCGCUGGGCAGACGGCCCGUCAUGGUGUUCGCACUGGUCGCCGACGCGCUCUGCACGCUGUGCUCCACCCUGUCGCAGAGCUACGCCUCUUUCGCCGCCUUCCGCUUUGUCAGCGGAGCGCUGAUCGGUGGGCCAGCUUCUCUGGCGUUCCUCUACGUGGGCGAGUUCGUCCCCGCGCGGAAGCGGACGUCCUACUCUCUGAUCGUCGGAGGGUUUUGGACAGUGUCGUGGAUCAUUUUGCCAGGCUUGGCGUGGCUGGUGCUGCCCCAGCCCUGGGAGGUGCGCGCGCUGGGCCUGACCUUCAACUCGUGGCGCGUCAUGCUGUCCCUGAUCGCCGCCCCCACACUGGUGUCCGCGGCGCUCGCCAUGCGCUUCCCGGAGACGCCCAAGUUCCUCAUGUCGCAGGGCAGGCUCAAGGAGGCCUUGGCCGUCCUCACGGGCAUCUACGUCACCAACACGGGCCGCGCCGGCGACGAGUACCCGAUCGCGAGCCUCGCCCUGGCGGGCGACGACUCGGCCGGCGUGGCCGAGGUGGACGCGGCCCCCGAGCUGAGCGUCAAGUCCGUGGCGGCGGUGGCGCGGCGGAAGCUGUCCGAGGCCAUGACCCUGUUCCGCGUGCCCGUCCUCGCCCGCACGGCCCUCGUCUGCGCCAUCGUCUUCGCCAACAUGUUCAGCUACUACGGCCUGGUGCUGUGGCUGCCCGAACUGUUCAACCGCUUCGAGGUCCACUACGCCCUGCACCCCGACCAGACCACCACGGUGUGCCAGCUCUCGCAGACCUGGGCCGCGGAGCAGGUCGAGAUGCAGCAGAUGAAGAUGAACAGCACUUCGAUCGAAGCAGCAGAACAGAACUUGACGGACGCCGCAAACGCCACGUCCGCGGGCUGCAACGCCGCCGAGGCCGUGAACGAGGCCGUGUUCCUCAAGACGCUCAUCAUCAGCGGCGUGUGCCUGGUGGCCAACGUGGUGGCCGCGCUGCUCGCCCCCGCAGUGGGCCGCCGCGCGCUGCCGCUGGUCCUCAACGUGGCGUCCGGGGCCCUGGCCGCCGCCAUCUACUUCGUGGACUCGACGACCGGCAACCUGGUGGUGGCCAGCCUGUUCCAGGCGCUCGUCGGCAACGCCAACACGGCCAUCAACGGCUUCAUGGUGGACAUCUUCCCGCCGAGAGUGAGUGCUUUUGGAGUGUGCUCAGCCAUCCUUGCCGGCCGAGUUGGGGCCGCAGUCAGCAACCUGGUCCUUGGGUCGCUGCUGGACAUCAGCUGUGAGGUGCCAAUUUUCCUCAUAGCCGGAACAGUCAUAGUUGGUGGCGUUCUGUGCAUCUUUGUGCAGCCCCCUUGGUCCAAUCCAAAGGAUGAGGAGGUCAAUGGCAGCAUGGUACUGCCUGCCUCAAGACAAGAACAUCAGCAGAAAUCAUCAGCUCAUCUCACCGACGUUCAAGAACCUGCGGCUUUGCCCGUUUGAUAUUUUUUCCUACGAAGUUUUGUUUUAUGGAGAGACGGGGUGGUUUUUCUCUUUCUGACAAUUAUGUUGGGAAAAGGGGGGUACGGGCGGGCUCAAUGUGUUGUAUGACAACGCCAGGUGGGUGUAGAGAAGCCACAUUUGUGUCGUAUCUGGUUGACUGGCCAGUCUGCAGCUAUUUAUUGACAUGUGGCACAUGUGGACUGUAUCUGUGCAUUUUAAACACAUGUUAUGAAGCGCCUCUGUGAUAUAACUUAACUAUAAUGAAAUACCAAGGUAGCGAUUCUAUUUUACCCUUUGAUUCGCACGACUCCACUGUGUCUGUUGACCGAUUGCGUUUUUAUAAUUCAAACGAAGAUAAAUGUAAAUUAUUUUUUAUUAAUAAAUUGGCUUGGUCCCAUUAACUG